AGACAGGUGAGCACCUUGAUGAAGGCCACGGUCCUGAUGCGGCAGCCCAAGCGGGUACAGGAGAUCGUGGGCGCCCUCCGCAGGGGCGGGGGGGACCGGCUGCAGGUAAUUUCUGAUUUUGACAUGACCUUGAGCAGGUUUGCAUAUAAUGGAAAGCGAUGCCCUUCUUCUUAUAAUAUUCUAGAUAACAGCAAGAUUGUUACUGAAGAGUGCCGGAAAGAGCUAACAGCACUGCUUCACCACUAUUACCCAAUUGAGAUUGACCCUCACCGGACCAUCAAAGAGAAGCUACCUCAUAUGGUUGAAUGGUGGACCAAAGCUCAUGAUCUCUUGUGUCAGCAGAAAAUUCAGAAGUUUCAAAUUGCCCAGGUGGUGAAGGAGUCCAAUGCAAUGCUUAGGGAGGGGUACAAGUUGUUCUUCAACACGCUCUUCCGUCACAACAUUCCCCUUUUCAUCUUCUCUGCGGGCAUCGGUGAUAUCCUGGAAGAGAUUAUCCGACAGAUGAAAGUUUUCCACCCCAACAUCCAUAUUGUGUCUAACUACAUGGAUUUUGAUGAAAAUGGUUACCUGCGAGGAUUCAAGGGCCAGCUCAUUCACACAUACAACAAGAACAGCUCCGUGUGUGAGAACUCCGGUUACUUCCAGCAGUUUCAGAACAAAACCAAUGUCCUCCUGCUCGGGGACUCCAUUGGGGACCUCACGAUGGCCGAUGGGGUUCCAGAUGUGGAGAACAUUCUCAAGAUUGGCUUUCUUAAUGACAAGGUGGAGGAGCGGCGGGAACGGUACAUGGACUUGUAUGACAUCGUGCUGGAGAAGGAUGAGACGCUGGACGUGGUCAAUGGGCUGCUGCAGGACAUCCUGCGCCAGGGGGACCAGCUGGAGGUGCAGUUCUGAGCACAGGCU